CGAGGUAUGGAAUUCCAUGCCUAGGCUACAUUGAGGUUUUGACGAGGCCGUAAGGGCCGUGCCGACGCUCCUGGAUCGGAGCACCAAUCGAAAGCUAUCCAGACGGCGUCGACAUUCUUAUACGAGGAACUCCGACUCCGGUAGAAGCUGUCAGCACCUGUCAUUGCUCGUCAUUGAAUACCUACGCCGCGUCUUAACGAUUCGGACCGUUUGUUCGCAGAAGAAAUCGGUCCGGAUGAGUUCCCUGCACCUGGCAGACGGCUCCGAGAAGCCGGCGGAAGUGGAGGGCCAGGCGCGUCUGUACAACAUGGCGUAUUGCCCCUUCGCCCACCGAAUACGCCUCGUGCUCAGUCUGAAGGAGAUCCCGCACGACAUCGUCAACAUUAAUCUGCAGAGCAAGCCGCAAUGGUUCCUUCAAAUUCAUCCGGAUGGCAAGGUGCCGACUUUUAUAGACUCGGACGGUACGCUGGUAACGGACUCUGUCGCGGUGGCCAACUACCUGGACGAGAAGUAUCCCGAGCCUCCCCUGUACAACGACGAAACGAAGAGCCGUGAUUUGGAGUUGUUAGAUCACUUCUCUAAGAUUAUGGACACCUUUGCGAAUUGUAUAUUUGACAAGGACAAGAGACAGUUUGACGAGAUUUUGUCUGGGGUAACGGACGACCUACAAGAAUUUGAGAACGAGCUUAACGUACGCAAGACAACCUUUUUCGGAGGGACUAAUCCAGGUAUGCUGGACAUUUUAAUAUGGCCUUGGUUUGAGCGCGCGAAGGCUCUGACUCUACUUUACAAGCAGCGUGCGAGUCUUGAUAAGGAGAGAUUCCCCCGCAUUAUGGAGUGGGUAGAUGGAAUGAAGGACCAGCCAUUUGUUCUAAAACACAGAUGCUCGUAUGAAAAGUUCGCAAAAUUCGUAGAAGCUGUAAGAACGGGAAGCGUUGAUUAUGACAAUCUUUAAACAUAUUUACAGUGGUAUAACAAAAAUGCUACAAAGAUAAAUAAUACAAGAUGGCUUGACGUGAAUUAACGUAUUAACACGAUAGCAUUAACGACAAUAUUAUUAACAUCGAUAGUCUGUGAUCUCGUUUGACUCACGUGUGUUAAUUUUUCUGUGUUAUAUGUGUAAAGUUUUUUAUGUGUGUAUCAUUUUUAUAUGUGUUUCAUGUUUACAUGUUUUUAUGUGUUAAAACUUAAUACCUUUUAUUUUUAUUUUAACAUACUCUGUGCCAUAUAACUGCACGUGUAAUGCAAUGUUCUAAAUCCUUUAUUUAUUUAUAGCUAUCUUAAUACAAAAUAAGUCCGUAAUAAAUGGCCUGUACUUUGACAUUAAAUGUCAAACACUGUAGUAUUAAGUGUAAUUAAGUGCAAUAUUUUGCAUAAUAUUUGUAAUUGUUUUGCAUUUUAACAAGGCACUAACUGGACGUGUAACUGUAUUGUAUUAUAAUUGUUGCAAUUGCUGUUAAUAUAAUGUGCAAAUCGGCAUU